AUGGAUUUAGUAUUCAUCUCUCGUGUGGUAGACGGCCUGGUGCUCGUCGAGACCUGGGAAUCAUCAGCGAUGCACGGAGUGUCACAGUUGAAACAACAGGCAAAACUGCUGAGAAAACGGAUAAACUCAGGGCCUGAUAGGUGUACAGUGGAUGUCGCAGGAGGAUACCAAUUUCACUACAGAAUAGACGAUGGCGUGUGCUUCAUGGUGCUCACGGGGCAGGUAUAGCUAUUUUCUAGUGCUGGUUGCUGUUGCUGCGUAAUUCCUAUAUGUAUUUAAGGAUUGGCAUUGGCAGAAUAAAUUUGCAUGGUUUCCUUUGUUUGGAUCGACCACGUGAGCAACUUCGCGGAAACUUCCCAGACACUUCCGAAAAGUCACAAAAGUCCAAGGGUAGCCUAGAGGUGCUUUUGUUACCGGUUGUUAUGGCUCUCUUUCUUAAGGGGGACAGCCAUAACAAGCGAGAUCAACGAACACCAAAAACCUACCACCUCUAAAUAAAGUGGCGAAGUUUCCGCGAAGUUGCUGGGAUAAUUCACUUGGCUCCAGAAGGUUUCUAAAAACUCCCUCUCCAGGAUUAUCCGAAGAAGUUAGCCUUUGCCUUUCUCGAGGAGAUAUACCGGCUCUUUCUAGAGGAGCUAAAGCGAGAGUUUGGCACGCACUCUGUAGAUUACAGAAGCAGAAUAGAGUGCAUCGACAAGCCGUACUACUUCAUCAAGUUCGAGAGGACAAUACAGCGGAAGCAAAAGGAGUAUAGGGAUCCGAAGAGCAAUAGCAGCUUACAAAAACUCAGCGACAGCUUAGUUGAGGUACUUCACUCUCUCUCUUCCUCGCAAAUAAUAAAUAAUGAGUCAUGUUGAUAUUAGCGCAAUCGUUCAGGUUCAAGUCCUCGCAAAUUAUAAAUGAGUCAUGAUAUUAGCGCAAUCGUUCAGGUUCAAGUCAGAGACCCGAGGAGAUAACUUUUCUUCUUCCAUCCAGAUCCACAGGACUUCUACAUCCAAAUUUAUACCUUAAUGUGACAUUCUCAAUCUCACAUACUCCACACACUCUCAGGUCCAGAGCGUGAUGCGGCAGAACUUAGAUGAUUUAAUCGAGAAGGGUGAGAAGCUAGAACGCGUUGGGGCGAAAGCGUCAAGUUUGCGGGAUCAUAGCAAAAGUUUUCGGGACAAUGCUAAGAUGCUCUCGCUGCAAGCGUUGUUUAGACAGUACGCGGUGCUUGGUGGCAUUGGAAUCUUCAUUCUGUUUAUUCUAUGGUGGAAGCUAUUCUGAAUCUGAUCACGUUGUUGUUGUUCUAAAGAACAAUAUAUAACUGCAAGUACAAAGCCGAUGAAGUAUUAAUUGAUCAACAUAUUAUUGACAGCCGUCGAAUGAAGCAGGUGGACACUGAGGACUACACAUCACACACGGUUGACCAUCAGCAUGCCCACGAUUCAUCCUCUACCCCCUCUACUAGAUGCUCUCCCUCACAACCUAAGGAAUUGGGGACCCAUAUCAAUCCACCUCUCUGCCAUCUGUGGAUCUUCAUACCCUUCAUACCCACCCUUGAAGAAAUAAGAUGUAUGUACCCCUAGAAUGGGUUUACUACUACUACUACUACACGGAUACGCUUUAUACACAGGAACAUAUUCCUUGGAGUUGUAUCCUUCUACACGGAGACAGAUUCCACAUUCUACGCGCUGUUUCAAACUCACAAUGUUUGAGCGGAAGCACUUACUUGGAAGUUGUUUUACCAUGCUCCCGCUGAAAAGGUUAUAAGAAAGAUCCGUGUAGCUAGUCUGCAGAGAUGUGCAAAAUGAAAAAUGGAACAGAGGAGAGCCAGCAAAUUGAUGGAACGCAGAGUUAAGAAAAAUGAAAAUCGCC